GUGUUAAGAUAAACAUGAGUGGGUGGUGAUGGGUGAUAGAUAUGAGAAUGAGAGACAGACACAAGUGUGCAUUUGUUAUUUGCUUAUCCAACAACUAACCAGAAUCCAAAUGCAUAUGUUCAUGUUCAAUCCUUCAUGUUCCAGCUCCACGCUUCUCUGAGGCAAACACAGUGACAUAAUAGUUCAUUUGAUUCUCACCCACAUGGCUUCUUUACGGUCUCCAUGGUUGCGUUGCAUUGUAUCCCCCAAGAACGGUGCUAUUUUCCCCUCCACAAACGUGUCCGUGUGCAUGUGCUUGCCUUCUUCAACAACAACGUUCAAGCUCUGUUGUGCUCUGAGCUCUAACAACGCGGAGUCUUCUGAACCCACCUCGCCGGAAGCUCAAACGGGUCCGGUUGAUCCCGUGAAGCUAGCGUUUAACAAGGCAAAAACAUACAAAGAAGAAUCGGGAAAAUCAAACCCUGGUUCUGGAAUUGAGCAAAGCGAUGCUAAUGGUGAAAAUUCGGUUAAUCAGGGUGAUGCUGUUGAUGGUAGGCAAAAGGAUUUGCCUGUUUCUUUGAAGAUUGCUAUGGAGAAGGCCAAAAAGUAUAAGCAGAAUAAAGGGGUUGCUAUUGCUGAAACAACUCAAGGACUGCAGGGAGGGAGGGAGAGGACUUUGGAAAAUUCUGUUGGUGAGAAAGAGGGAAAACUAUCGGUUUCAAAGAUUGAUUUUGUGGGGCUUGACUUUGGGGAUAAGAAGAAGACUAGGGGAUUGCCACCUGGACUGGUUCCUGUCACAGACUCCUUCUCUGACGGAGACUUGACUGAGGUGGAGUUUAUUGUUGGAGAUGCAACCAAGUUUGAUGCUGUAACAGAUCCAGAACCUGAACAGACUAAGGAAGAAGAGUCAGAGUUAUACAAGCCAACAGUUUCUACAUGGGGUGUCUUUCCUAGACCUGGCAAUAUUUCAAAAACAUUUGGAGGUGGAAGAGUUAUACGUCCUGGAGAGGUUCUAGAGACUGAUGAAGAAAAAGCUAUGAGAGAAGUGCGCACGAAGCAGCUACUUGCUGCUUACAAGAAGAGAACUGGAUUAGAUAUUGAUCCAAAGCUAAAAUCUGAGUGUGAGGAGGCAUUGAAGGAUGGUGACUUGUUAAUGAAUGCAGGGAAGCUGAAGGAAGCAUUGCCCUACUAUGAGAAGGUUAUGGACAAAAUAACCUUCAAGAGUGAGCUCCAUGGAUUAGCUGCUUUGCAGUGGUCAAUUUGUCUAGACUCCCUCAAUAGGUCCAAUGAGGCUCAAAGCAUGUAUGAGAAGCUCAAAUCUCACCCAAAUGCUAAAGUAAGCAAGAAAGCAAGACAGUUCUCGUACAGCUUUCAGGCCAUGGAAAUGAUGAAAUUUACAGCAGGAUCAUCAUCAUAUUCAAAGAACACAUACUACCAGAAUUAUUUUGAUGCAUUUAUAGAGAAUAAAUCCAACUACCCCUUACAAGAUGGUGUGGCUCAAGAAAAUGCAAUGAAUCUGCAGGUUUUGCCGUAUAUUAUUUUCAUGGUUUCUCCUAUUUUUGUCAUACUACUUAUUGCUCUGCAGAAAAGAAUAUAAUUAUAAAUUUCUCUCUUUUGUUUGCACAUAGUCCACAUGCAGACCGUUUCUUUGUUUUAUAGUGUCAAUGAUCAAGUCCUUUAAACAGAAGAUAACUCUUCCGAGUUGGACAACUUCAUAUAAUUGUAUAGGUGUAUUAUAGGAUAGGAUUGAAUUGUAAAUAUAAGAAUUAUGUAUUUUUUUUAGCAAUACUUUACCAAGCUAAAAAAAACAUUUAAUUUCUCAUUUAGAAGAGACUU